CGCUGCGGUGCGGGGCCGACGGCAUGAGCUCCCCGCCCGCCCCUCGUUGUGCCUUUGGGAAGCGCCGGAGAAUAGGAGAGUGGUGACAUCCAGGCGCUGCAUCCUCCAGGGAUGGAGCAGUUUGUCCGCAAGCGUUUGACCUUCUUGACAUCUUUCUGGAACAAGCUGUGGCCCCGCUCCGGCCCGGAUAGCUGCUCGCUGGGGUACUUUGGUUCUGAUUCUGUUUCACUGCACUCGGAGCCCAGCUGCGUUUCCUUCAUCCCAAAGUCCUCUCUCUUUAUCGCUUUAUACGCUUUCACAGCCCGCAGUGCAGAUGAACUGAGUGUAAACGCAGGGGACAAACUGCGUGUCCUCAGAGAAGAAGGGGACUAUGUCUUAGCCAGGAGGCUGCUGGGGGAACCAGCCACGGGAUACGUCCCUGCUGCGUAUGUGGCCAACCUCAGCCAGGGCACCUCUGCUCACCGACCGUGGUAUUUCAGCAAGAUCAGCCGCAGUGAGGCCGAGCAGCUGCUCCUCUCGCCUCCUAACCAGCAUGGCUCCUUCCUUGUCCGGGACAGUGAGAGCAGCAGGGGCGAGUACUCUCUCUCAGUGCGCAACCACACCAAAGUCAGCCAUUUCCGCAUCUGCAAGAGCCCCGCAGGCAGCCUGUACAUACAGAGGGGUCACCCCUUCCCCGACAUGGAGGAGCUGCUUGCCUUCUACACCGAGAACUGGAAGGUCAUCCAGAGCCCCUUGCUGCAGCCCUGCAGCCCCACGACCCCCCCGGAGAGGGACGGCUGGGAGCGCCCGCGCUGGGAGUUCACCCUGCGGAGGAAGCUGGGCGAGGGCUACUUUGGAGAAGUGUGGGAAGGACUGUGGAGGAACACAGUGCCCGUGGCCAUCAAGAUCAUCAAAGGUCUUUCUCCCUCAGCUGACAUGAAGGCAGAAGACUUCACCAAGGAGAUUCAAAACCUGAAGCGCUUGAGGCAUGAGAAGCUGAUCCAACUGCACGCUGUCUGCUCACUGGAUGAGCCUGUGUACAUCAUCACUGAGCUCAUGCGGAAAGGCAACCUGCACAGCUACCUCAACAGUCCUGAAGGGAAGUCCCUGAGCACCUCCCACCUGCUCAACAUCGCCUGCCAGGUUGCAGAUGGGAUGAGGUACCUGGAGGAGAAGCACAUCGUCCACCGGGACUUGGCGGCCAGAAACAUCCUGGUGGGAGAGGAGCUCACCUGCAAAAUUGCUGACUUUGGACUGGCCCGGCUCCUCAAGGAUGACAUUUAUUCCACCAGCAGCAGCACCAAAAUCCCAGUGAAAUGGACAGCCCCUGAGGCAGCCAACUACCGCACCUACUCCCUCAAAUCCGAUGUCUGGUCCUAUGGCAUUCUGCUCUAUGAAGUUUUCACAUAUGGGCAGAUUCCAUAUGAAGGAAUGACAAACCAAGAAACCAUACGACAAAUCACCAGGGGCUACCGCCUUCCCCGGCCCAGCUCCUGCCCUCCUGAGAUUUACAGCAUCAUGUUGGAGUGCUGGAGUGGCAACACGGAGGAGCGGCCCACCUUCCUGGCACUGCGGGAAAAGUUGGGCAUCAUCUACAGGCGGCUGCUCAACACCGUGUCCUGAGGGACCUUCCCACCCUUCCUGCAAAACUCCCUUUGGGCCAGCUCUUGCCAAACGUCUCCUUCCUUAUGGUUGCCCUCCGAUAGGACUUGAAGGAAAGCACAUGUCCCAUCCCCCUGCGCUCCCCUCCUCUCCCUCCCCCCAGAAAAAAAAAAAAACAACAACAAACAGCCCCUGGACCCUCUUGGUGAGGAUGCAGGGAGGUGGCCAAGGGAAAAGGCAAUGAAAGUGUGAAUUCAUUACUGGAGCUUGGCUGUGCAGCAGUCUUAGAAAGCCCCGUGGUUGUGAAGACAUCACCCAGUUCACAGCUCCAUUCAGCCAGUAGGGUGGGAGUUUCCUGCCAUCCCCACACCAACAUGAAGGUUUGCAGUUUGUUUUCAGUUGUGGCUCUGCUUGGUUUUCUUGUACUGUGUGUCUGGUGUCCUUGUCAAUAAAUGCGUGUGGCUCCAUCCCUGCUGCCUUCUGCAUGCUGCCCUGCCAAAAGGCAGUGGGUUGCAACCAGUCCCAAUCUUGCAAACCCAGAUGGAACCGU